UGCGAGUUGAAGGCCAUGAAUUUCGAAUUUGAGCGAGAGAUUGGUUUUAUCAAUAGUCAGCCAUCGCUUGCUGAGUGCCUGACAUCUUUUCCCCCUGUCGGUGAUACAUUUCAAAGUUCAUCAAUCAAGAACUCGACGCUUUCACACUCGACACUGAUUCCUCCUCCUUUUGAGCAGACCAUCCCCAGCCUGAACCCAGGCAGCCACCCUCGCCACACCGGCAGCAGCCGUCCCAAGCAGAGCCCCAAUGUCAGCAGCAGCAGCCCGGUGCCAGCUGGCGCCCUGCAGCCUCCGGAGUACCCCUGGAUGAAAGAGAAAAAAGCCUCCAAGAAAACUACCCUCCCGCUUGCUUCGGCCUCAGCCUCAGCCACUGGACCAGCCUGCCUAAGCCACAAAGAGUCUCAUGAAAUCCCCGAAAGUGGUAACGGUGGAUCUAGGAGGCUGAGGACGGCUUAUACCAACACCCAGCUUUUGGAGCUAGAAAAAGAAUUUCAUUUCAACAAGUAUCUCUGUAGACCAAGGAGGGUAGAGAUCGCAGCUUUGCUGGAUUUGACUGAGAGACAAGUAAAAGUCUGGUUCCAGAACAGGAGGAUGAAGCACAAGAGACAGACCCAGUGUAAAGAGAACCAAAACAGUGAGGGGAAAUUUAAGAAUCUAGAGGACAGCGAGAAAGCAAAAGAGGAGGAGGAGAAAUCGCUCUUUGAGCAAACCCUCAAUAACGUCUCAGGUGCUCUUUUGGAAAGGGAAGGUUACACUUUUCAACAAAAUGCACUAUCUCAACAGCAGGCUCAGAAUGUACACAAUGGAGAGUCCCAAAGUUUCCCAGUUUCGCCUUUAACAAGCAAUGAGAAAAAUCUGAAACAUUUUCAGCAUCAGUCACCCACUGUUCAAAACUGCCUAUCAACAAUGGCCCAGAACUGUGCAGCUGGCCUGAACAAUGACAGUCCUGAGGCCCUAGAUGUACCUUCUUUACAGGACUUUAAUGUUUUCUCCACAGAUUCCUGCCUACAGCUUUCAGAUGCAGUUUCACCCAGUUUGCCAGGCUCUCUGGACAGUCCUGUAGAUAUUUCUGCUGACAGUUUUGACUUUUUUACAGACACACUCACUACAAUUGACUUGCAGCAUCUGAAUUAUUGAGAAAUUAAAGACGUCCUGUCGCCAACGGUUAUGGCUUGUUUCAAAUUACUUUCUUUUAUUUUUCUUUUCCUGGUCAGUAUUUUCUGUUUAUUAAUUCCCUUUACUGUGUUCCAGAGCCAUUUUUACUGUUUCUUAUGAAGUUUUAGUUGUGUUCAGUUUAACCUAGCCACAUUCUAGGUCCCUCUAUGAAAGCAAUAUAUGAGGCCUGUAAGAAAGUGAUCAUAUAGAAUUGUAUCUUCACUUUCUUUUUAUUUUUGUAU